AUGGACGACGGAGGCAAGGUCAGGUACACCUGCUCAGAGUGCGGCAAAGACUACGCCACGUCUUCCAACCUGUCCAGACACAAGCAGACGCACCGCUCCCUGGACAGCAAAAGUGCCAAGAAGUGCCCGCACUGCGAUAAGGUCUACGUCAGCAUGCCCGCUCUCUCCAUGCACGUGCUGACCCACGACCUCAAACACUCCUGCCACGUCUGCGGCAAGACGUUCAGCCGGCCCUGGCUCCUGCAGGGCCACAUGAGGUCCCACACCGGGGAGAAACCUUUCGGAUGCGCCCAUUGCGGCAAGGCGUUUGCCGACCGGUCGAACCUUCGAGCUCACAUGCAGACCCACUCGGCGUUCAAACAUUACGCGUGCAACAAGUGCAACAAGACCUUCGCCCUCAAGUCCUACCUUAACAAGCACCUGGAGUCGGCCUGCGUCAAAGAGUAA